AAGCGGAUAUGCUACAGAAGCCAUUCACAUGUUCUUCCAUUAUUCCUUUUCUCUAGGAUUUACCGAUAAGUGCCGCAUGUAAAAUUGACAAAAAUUCGUAUUUUCAUACGCAAUAAGUUUUUUUUAAAUCGCUGCAAUUGUGAAAUAUGGCAGAUUCAUUUGAUUCCUCUUUGUAUGACAAUGAUACCAAAGGAAUUGAUCCUGAAAUAGCGGGGCUUCUGAUGGUCGAAAAGCAAAAAGCACAACUUAACGCACAGAUUCACGAAUUUAACGAUAUUUGUUGGGACAAAUGCGUGGAUAAACCAGGAAGUAAAUUGGAUGGACGCACAGAAACUUGUAUAAACAAUUGUGUCAAUAGAUUCAUAGAUGUUUCUGUCUUCAUUACUAGUCGUUUUGGACAAUAUAUAAAUGCAAAUGUAGAAAAAUAAAAUUUUGUAAAACAUUAUUAAGAUGUGCUAUUGUUUGUUUAAAAUUACAAGAUAUAUGUACAGCAAUAGUAUUAUAAGACUAUAAAAAAAUGAUAAAACUAU